GAGGAGGAGGAGGAAGAAGGGGAGGAAGAAGGGGAGGGCCCGACCGACCGAGCGACCGACCGGGCCGCUUUGUGCGCCACAGUCCGACGGACGCUGGAGCGAUACAAGCGACACGGCGGCUCGUCGUCCUGCUGCCCAGAGUCUCCCGCGGAAACAAACUUGAACCGUCACUUGCGCAUUUCUUUUUCCUAACCGACACAAAUCGCUUCCGCCUCCCGCGUGCUCACCGGACAGGCGCGUGGAUUAUCACCUGGAACAACCCCCCCCGCGUCAUCAUCCCCGCCUGGAGCCAUAAAGACAAAGGUUGAGCCGACCCCAAGAUGAAUCCCGAUUUUGAGGAGCAGAAUGGCUGCACACAUUAAACACCUGGAAUUAUACUCUCUUUAACGACAUCUCAUACAAUUGCCAAAAAAAAAGACUGCAAAGGAACUCACGCGAUCGCUUUGGAACCUAGUUUGACUCGGAUUGCAAGAGUGAGAGACUGUCUGCCAACAUGCCUAUUCUCAAGCAACUGGUGAACAACUCCAACCAGUCAAAGCGGCGGUCUCGGGCCGACCUGACCGCGGAGAUGAUCAGCGCCCCGCUGGGGGACUUCCGCCACACCAUGCACGUGGGCAGAGGGGGCGAUGCCUUCGGGGACACUUCGUUUCUCAGCACCCGAUCGGGGGAACCUCCCCGGGAGCCGGAACCAAAGCAGGGCUCGCCGGGCCCCAAGCCGGGGUUGCUGUCCCGCACCUUCAGGAGCAGCAAGCGCUCCCAGUCAGUAAACCGCGGGGACAAGUACGAGUACAAUACGAUGGCGCCCUCUGGAGGCUCGUCCAACUAUGUGAAGAACGCCAUAUCCCUACCUUACCUGAACGAUGAGGUUACUCACAGAAGCAACCAGCUGCCGAAGAGCGUUUCUUCCAGCCCCAUGAAGAAGCUGAUGGAGAUCGACAGCAGGCCGAGCAACGGGGCAGCAGCUAUGGCGACGCUCGAUGCGGAGUUCGACGAGCGCAAUUUCGGCGAACUUACGGAUUUGCCUCCGUCCAUGCCCAAGGGCGGCGGGAUGAAACACGCAGAGUCCAUGAUGUCCUUCCACAUCGACUUGGGGCCCUCCAUGCUCGGGGAUAUCUUGAGCGUGAUGGAAAAGAAGGGCUGGGAGGAGGACGACCUCGGCUACGAGGAGGGCAAAAGCAGCGAGGGCCGCGCGUCGCCUCCCCUCGUACCCCACAUCGACGACGACGUGGAGGAGCGGGCGCCCGCGAGGCCACCUCGCACCAUGUACCAGCAGAAGGCCGUGGUGAAUCCCUACACGCCGGAGCUACACACCAGGAGCAACCACCACGACCUGGAUAGCUGCUCCGUGUCCAGCGCCGGCUCAGCCACCGAGGAGAAAGCCCAGUACAUCCUCCACGACGGCGACACGGACAGUGCAAAGUACAGUUCGCCACGCGGGGAGGACGAUAGGGAUUUCACCUUCAUGGACGAGGACGACGAGGACGAGAUCCGAGUGUAAACGAACCCGUUCUGGCCAAAUGGGUGUUUUCCAAGGACACCGAUCGAGAAAAAACCCUGGUGUUGGGAGGCAAUCGCAAGCUGGGAAAGAGGCAGGAGACGGAUUUAGAGGCAGGGCCACAUAUGUUUUAAGCUUCUUGUAGAUCAGCCUAAUCUCUGCACACUUUGUGAACAUCAUAAAUAAAACCAAUUAAGCCUUAUUCACUGUGCUGUAGCGAGGAGAUGUGAGCAGACAGACGGGUGCACAAAGAUGCAACAUCAAACUCUGAACUCAUCAUUAUAUUUAUCACAUAAUUCUGUAAAAGAAAAAUUAAAUAGCGGUUGCUGUCCCCAAACUCUGUCCCUCUUUGCAAAGAGGGAAAAAAAAAAUCUGCAAGUCAUUGGUAAUGAGCUUCACACUCAUUUGUGGAAAUAAAGGGGAACCAUGAGGUCAGAGAAGUAUUCACUCGCAGCUGUCAAUCACAUGAAUAUCACAUUUGGAGCGUGAUGUGCAAGGCGAGCAGAGCAGAGGGGACGUGCGAGGUCACGGACGUACCGGUGGACGUGGACCCACAGAGUCUGAGGAAGGAAGAGGUGCAAACGGGAAGAAGUGAAACCUCGGAUAGCUUUUGUAAUUCCUGCGUGUGGGAGUGACCAUGAACUAGAACAAUAUAUUUUUAUGGCAUAGACACUAAAUAGAGAAAGUGGUGAUUACUCUUGUUCAUGUCUGAGUUAAUGGGGGUGAUUUCUAUUUUUCACUAUAUUCUAUGUGCAUAUAGUAUGUGGGAGUUAGCCUGAUGUAUUUGAGUUGGGUAGUUCAUAAUUUGGAGGCUGUCUUUCUUCGGCAAGUUUAACAUUUUUUCUUUUAAUUCACAGACAGCUGUGGUAUUUAUUCAUAAAUUUUCAUAAGGGAUGGAUCGUUCUUAAUGUGCACUGCUCGGUCUUAAAAGUUUUGAUUAUGGCGUUCAUUUUUCCACACGAUGAGAUAAAUUUCUUACAAAAUCGUAGCUGCACCGCAGAGGGAGUCGGCUUGUUUGCAUAAAAAAAAGCCUGGCGCCGACGCACUAAACCCAUCACUCCUGCAAUCACUGUCACGGUCAGGCUAGUUAAUAAUCUGCUUUUUAAUUUGCCAAAAAGAUACAUGAUUGUCAGAAAAGAGGUCGUUUGUAUGUGGGUUUGUUGUUUUGUAGUGUACGAAAAGAACAGGACAGAGGUGGCGACGCCUGCGUCGUCACAUCUCUUUCCACGCCGAAGUCGGCAGGAUUUGGCAGGUCAGCAGAGAGAGACGAAAGAAAUGUUUGGAAGGGAAGGUUGAUGUAGCGGAAAAACAUGGUUAUAUAAUGAAAUAGUUAUGGCUCCAUCCAAAAAAAAAAAAAAAAAACCACCUCCAGAGAAAGGAUGUAACAACGUGUACCAAGUUGUUAUUAGAGCGAAGCGACUCAACAGACAAGAAUCCGGUUUUGAGAGAGUGGAUGGAAAGAUAUUUCGUGAAGUGGCGGCACAAAGUGCGAAUAUCCACCUCCUCUGAACACACAAGUGUAGGAACAGACGAUUAAAUCAACCAAUCAUCCGACCUUUUCACGGUCAACUCAUUAAAACGUGCUAGAUUAUAUCAGCCCCAAACUAGCUGGGAAUUACCCCUGAGAGCGGCAGCAGGGUCAGGAACAUACAGGUGGGGGGAGUGUGUGUGUGUGUGUGUGUGUGUGUGGGUGGGUGGGUGGGUGUGGGUGGGCGGGGUUGGAAACCCUGGACCUGCUAGCUAGCAGCUACCUAGCUGAGAUCGACACAGCUGCUAUUGCUAACUAGCUAGCUAGCUAACUGUAACUUUGUUUGCUAGCCGCUAACUAGCUGAGAUCGGCACAGCUGCUACUGCUAGCUAGCUAGCUAACUGUAACUUUGUUAGCUAGCAGCUACCUAGCUGAGAUCGACACAGCUGCUAUUGCUAACUAGCUAGCUAGCUAACUGUAACUUUGUUUGCUAGCCGCUAACUAGCUGAGAUCGGCACAGCUGCUGCUAGCUAGCUAACUGUUACUUUGUUAGCUAGCAGCUACCUAGCUGAGAUCGACACAGCCGCUAUUGCUAGCAAGCUGGCUAUCUGUAACUUUGCUUCUUACCAGCUACCUAGCUGAGAUCAACACAUCUGCUAUUGCUUGCUAGCUAGCUAGCUGUAACUUUACUACCUGGCUACAGUUUGAGUUAGCUAGCUAGUUACUAUUAGAACACACAGUAUCAUAAAUGAAUCUGCAUCAUAGCUGCGGGGCCCCCACAGAGACUGCUUAUGUAUAGGGCCCAGAAUUUGGUGCUACCCCCCUGUGUGUGUGUGUGUGUGUGUGUGUGUGUGUUUAGCAGUCUCCUCCAGGUUACUUUCAGUUAUAAAUUAGGCAAAGAAAGAGGCGUGUCCAUGAUUAAUGUCUGACCUUUUUUAAAAUGUUGUGAUAGAAAAGCUAAUUGCCAUGUUUGAAAAACGGGGCGCUUUAGGAUUUCCUGUUGUGGCUCUGACGCCGGGGUGUAGGAUGCCAAGCUUUUCUGCCUCGGGCUAAUGUUUUUUAGUUUUUGUUUUUGUUUUUUUGAACCGUGUCUUCAUGAACAGGCUGCGAGGAGUUUCUUGAAAAUGAAAAGCAAUCUGGAGGAAAUUGCCAAGUGUGUUCUUUUCGACCAUGUCAUUGGGCGAUUCUAGCAGAAUGUUGGGAGUUUUGUGUAUUUUUUUUAUUCCUGUGUAGAUAUGCAGUUUACGAUUUGAGUCAUUUGGCUGCGGGCCACAUUUUGAGCUGUCGUUUUACUUUCUACGUUUGGUCCGUUGUGGAAAUAAUUGUGGUUCGUGGAGUGUUUUUGGGGCCGCUGCAAUCCUCCACCCUGAAAUGGACUCGAAAUCACUCCUUAUCUGCCCUUUUUAAUCAAAUAAUGUAAAUACAAUUUGUGCCAUUGAUGAUUACAGCAAACAAUUUUUUUCGUCACCGGCAGUCAGAGACCAUGUGGCGCUAUAGCGUGGGAACCAGAAGAACGUCGGUGGCAAAUCUGUGGCCAAAUCUGUAUUUGCAAGUUGUGUAAUCAGACUAUUAGAAGAGGUAAAUAGAAAAUUGUGGGAAUAGUAAACUGAAUCACUCUUGUGAUUGUUUUUAACUUUCUGCCAUUUGCCACGUCUCUCUGUGGGAAACUCCUAAACAGAACCAGAAACCAUAUAAAGGAAUUUGCAAAUACUUUCUGACCCAGGUCUGGGUUAAAGUUUCCCAUAUCCCGACUGCUGCGGUUUGGUGUGUCAAAAAGAAAAAGAAAAAGAAAGAAGAUAAGGACCGUUGAAAAACAACUGGCUCAAAGUUCAGCUGUAGAAUGUUUUCUCUUUUCAUUUUCUCCCUUUUCUAUUCAGUGGCUGUAGUGUUAUGCCAAGUAUGUACUGUCUUCUCAUUCCACUCCGGUUUUUACAGUAUAUUAAUAUAUUUACUUUUCUCACUUUUUUUUCUUUUCUUUGAAAUAACAGCUAUAUUUUUCAAUAAAAAGAGAAAGCUGGUAAUCUGUAA